AUGCACAAACAUUACUUUGAAGCAUUGGACAAGAGCAUGAGAUUUUUGUUAAGAUUUCAUAAUCCAGGAAGUGCAGGGAUGACUUUUGGGGGCAAAACCGUUGUUCUUGGUGGGGACUUUAGACAAAUACUUCCUGUAAUUCCAAAAGGGACAAGGCAACAUAUUUUCGGAGCAACAAUUAACUCAUCUUAUUUGUGGAAGAAUUGUAGAGUGAUGAAGUUAACAAAAAAUCUUCGAUUGCAAAACCUACAAGAAGAUUAUGAUUUACGUGAAAUAGAAAAUUUCUCCAAGUGGAUAGCAGAUAUUGGUGACGGUGUUUUAGGGGAAGCAAAUGACGUGGAUUGUGAUAUAACUAUACCUAGCCAGAAUCUUUUACAUUGUGGGGAUGAUCCGAUUGCAACAAUAGUGGAUAGUACAUUUCCUUUAUUUCGUAAUGGAAAUUACGAUCACACAAUUCUUCAGCACUGA